AUGUCACGUGCUGUACCUCUGAGUUUUUUUAGCACGACGACGAGUUAUUGCAAACAUCCCGCGAAUUUCACUUCACAGGUAAGAACCACUCGAGGUAUUUUAAGGAUUAAUAUUUGGAACUAUUCUCCAAAGAACAGGUUUGUUAAGAUAUAUUCAAAAUUAUAUUCAACUAUCAAUUCUGCAAACGAUACAGCUACAUCUCCAACAAACACCCGAAAUUAUCAAAAAAUGAGCUCUUUAGAAACUUCUGACUUAUAUUCCUGGAAUAAGGAAUUGGAAACAGAUAUGACCCAUCAAUUGGCAUCUACUGUUUUGAAAAACUACAAUUCUGAAGAAGCAUUAUUAAAUAAAUCAAAAGUUCUCUCCGAAGGUAAAUUUGUAUUUAACGUGGCCAUCAGUACUGAGAAUACCCCUAUUACUAAUCAACGUGCAUCAGGCAGAUGUUGGUUAUUCGCAGCCACAAAUGAGUUGAGGUUGAACGUUCUUAAAGAAUUAAAUUUGAAAGAAUUCGAAUUAUCUCAAGCAUAUUUAUUCUUUUAUGAUAAAUUGGAAAAAUCCAAUUACUUUUUAGAUCAAAUCAUUGAUACUUACAAGGAAGACGUUGAUUCUCGUUUAGUUCAGUACCUUUUGACUGCACCAACAAAUGAUGGUGGUCAAUAUAGUAUGUUUUUAAACAUUGUUAAAAAAUACGGUCUUUUACCAAAGGAUCUAUAUAAUGAUUUACCAUACUCUACUACUGCUUCUCGUUCUUGGAAUGCUCUAUUGACAACUAAGUUAAGAGAAUAUGCUCAAGUCUUGAGAGAAAACUUAACUAAAGGUAAUGAUAUAAAACAGAUUAGAUCGGAUAUGCAAAAGGAAAUCUUCAAAUUAAUGACUAAAUUUAUGGACUUACCACCUGUCAAGCCAAAUGAGACUUUUGAAUGGACUUAUAUGGAUAAGGAUAAGAAAGUUCAAACUUUAAAGACAACUCCAUUAGAAUUUGCUACCAAGUAUUGUAAGUUGAAUAUUUCUGGACCAAAUCAACCUGUCUCAUUGAUUAACGAUCCAAGACAGCCAUAUGGUAAAUUAAUCAAAAUUGAUCGUUUAGGAAAUGUUGUUAAUGGUGAUGAGGUUCUUUAUUUGAAUGUUGAUAAUGAAACGUUAAGCUCCUUGAUUGUUAAAAGAUUAAAAAAUGAUAGACCUGUAUUCUUCGGUUCUCAUACUCCAAAAUUUAUGGACAAAAAGAAUGGUAUUAUGGAUAUUGAUCUUUGGUCCUAUAAAUUAAUCGAUUAUAAUUUGAAACAAGAUAAAGCUUCUCGUAUUAGAUACAAUGAAAGUUUGAUGACCCAUGCUAUGUUGAUUUCUGCUGCUCAUGUAGAUGAAACCACAGGAAAACCUGUUCGUUAUCGUGUUGAAAAUUCCUGGGGUAAGGAUUCAGGUAAGGAUGGUAUGUACUUAAUGACUCAGGAAUAUUUGGAAGAAUAUGCUUUCCAAAUUGUUGUUGAUUUAGAUGAUUUACCAGAGGACUUGGCUUCUAAAUUCACUUCCAAGGAAGAGAAACCAAUUGUCUUACCAAUCUGGGAUCCAAUGGGUGCCUUAGCUGAUUAA